GGUUGCCUGAAUCUGCCAUUCUGUCACACGCCUUCGUCCUACAUGCGACCUUAACAAGUUGCGUAUUAAACCGCGUGUGCAUCUGCUAUGAUUUCGUAACCCACAGCGCCAACCAAUCCGGCCGCCUUUUCACUCCGACACGUUGGCUUGUCAACCUCAGGAGGCCUGGCAAAUUGAAUGAUUCGAUUAUCGAGUUGGUGAUGUCGUUGAUUGCUGGAAUUAUACGGACAUCAGAUGUGUAUAAAAUGAGAGGUUUGCACCUCUGUGUGAGGCCAACUGCCGCAUCUACAAUUCGACCAUAACAAUGGGAGUUCAUUAACACCCUGGUUAUACCCUUUGAGACAAGGAACCUUUAAUACACCAGUGUUAAUCCACAGACCAAUCACGAGGAGGCUGCCACAGAAGUCGGUAGGACAACAAUACCUGAUUAUUUCUUUCUUCAUUGUCUCUGCAUUGUCUUCAUCGGAUCUCUCUAUGCCAUGAUGACAGUACAACUCGCACAUUGAUUGAAUGUGGUUUGGACCUAAUACAAGAUAACAGACGCUACAACUUGUGCACGACCGCUAGGCAUGUUUGCAGUUUGAAAUGAUGCUAGUAUAAACGAAGGAAUGAACCAUGACGUCAAUUAAAGACAUAAAAGACUGGUUGAUCAACAAAUGUCGAAUACCUAAUAUCCAUGUUCAAGUGCCUCUCUCACCACCGGGUAGAGAAAGUUCGGGAUCAUUUGGAUCCAUAGUUACCCCCCAGACAAUACCAGAGUUUGUCAUUCCUGGAUCCAACGACUCUUCACGCCACCCAAGUAUAGGCACUAUAUCCAACGAUGACGAACUAUUUAGUCACUCGAGUGAGAAUAGCCUUCCCUGUUCCGCUCACACAAGUCCAGGAAUAUCCCCAAGAGGUUCUUUUUCGGGGCUGGGUGUACCAACAAGCAAGAGUCCAGUUCAUAUUCGGUCUGCCCCUGUCUCCCCUAGACAUGAGAGCAAACGUAUAGCUGAAGCAUUUGGAGCAAGGUCUUUGUCAAAUAUUGUGUACGUGGAUGUUAAUACGAAUGCAGAUCCGCAGUCGAAAGCAGCAAUGAGUCUAUCUCAUUUCAAGACAAAUACGUCCUUCGGGUUUUCGACUUUGAAAGAAGUUCCCCACACAAGGAGAAAGGAGUCUUUAUUUCACACAGGAGAUUUAUCAUCCUUACAUUUUAUGCCAGUUAUUGGAUUCCGAAAGGCAGCUUCAUUGGACCAACCGUGUGGACCCAUGUUUCAGGAUCUAAAGCGGAACUCUGUGGAUCAUAGUAUUCGGCCUACUGUUGUGAAUUUUGCGUGUGUGGAUGAGGACAAUCUGCCGAGGAGGGAAAGUAGCAGACGAUCUCUGAAGUACUACAGGCGAAGGUCUUCUUUACCUGGAUUAGCUGAACAGUCCAAAUCUAGUGAUGGAAUGGAUGACUCAAAUGAGGAGAGUAGCUCAAACGAAAAUAUUCCAACAUGUCAAAGCAAAGGAACAACAUACCUGUCACCGAAAGAUCGAUCUACAGCUAAACGCCACUCCUCGCCUGACUUUUCCCCCACUACCACUCCCCACCCUUUCUUCAACGACGGUCAAGCUAGAUCGUCCUCAGUAAACAGUCUCAUUGUGCCUGGGAGCUCAUUCCCAUUGAAACAGAAACCGGUAUUUGGAGAGCUUAAAUUUGCAUUUCAUUAUUUGCCUGAUACACGACAACUGAAAGUUGUAUUGAUAAGAGGAGAGAACCUCGGCGGCCAUCAUCGACUUGACUGCCAUCUCAAUGUGUUUGCUAAGCUGUACCUUAUGCCUGGCAAGGUUCAGAAACAAACAUCGGAAAUCACUAAGCACUCCAAAGACCCUGUUUUCAACGAAGAGAUCUUAUUUAAUGAUGUAUCGUUUGAAGUCUUGCAGAAGAUGACCCUAAGAAUAAAACUCUACAAUAAAGGACAUCUUAAGCCUAAUGAGUAUUUGGGGGAACUUAAUAUGGCUCUUGGGAAAUUCGAUCUGUUUCAAGAAAAUCGAAUGUGGCGGGACAUCGAGCCUAAACGAGAAGGCGAGGAGGAUCUCGGUCAUCUUCAAGUGUCCUUGCAAAUCGAUGACCAACAAAAGCAGCUGAAGGUGACAAUUGGUCAAGCAACACGACUCCCUCAUCACCAAAUCACAGGACCUCCAGAUCCCUAUGUGCGAGUUGAAUUUAGUCAGCCGGGUGAAGAACCAACACGACAGCAGACCCGCAUUCGGCGCAAGGCGUCACAUCCGGUGUUCAAGGAAGCGCUGACUUUCGACAUAUGCAGCAUCAGGCCCGAUAUAUUACGUUGUAUGUCGGUCUGUCUCACAGUCUUGGACCAUGACCGUAUUCGAAGCGACACUGUAAUAGGCCAAGUGCGAUUCGGGUGUGAUGCAACAGAAGAUAGUGAGAUUCUCCAUUGGCGAGAGAUUACACAGAACAUGGGUUGUGAUGUGAGUCGUUGGCAUUACAUCAUGGAAUCUGCGGAGGAAUACUAUUAAUGUUAAACCAAAUGACGAUGAAUCGUUUAUCAAAGGUUUAUGAUACCGCUUUCUCCUAUUUUUCUACAAUAGAUAUUGUUAACAGUACAUUCAGUUUUCUAUCUUAUGACGGCUACAAGCACUAUCUUGAACUGCCAUAUGCUUCUGUAUCAUCACUGGGAUCAUCACUCAACUGCAGGAUGUCAUACUUGCUAUGGCACACAAUUCACAGUGCUUGCUAUGUAAUAUAAUCGUGCCCUUAUAUAAAAGUGACUUAUGCGUUUGCCACUGGACACGGACAUUUAUUAUCAUACUUCCAAGGCAUAAUAAUGAGACCUUAUUUGUUCACGAGAUCUUGAUAAAAUACUAUGUAUCCCGCCUGGGAGGGAAAUAAAUUUCUCAUGGGGAGAAUAACUCCCUUAUACCCCGCCACGAAGAAAACACGUUGCACUUGAAUUACUGAGCGGAAGAAUGAAUUCAUUAUACCCCGCUUCGAAGCUUUUUCCUAGUCAAUGAACGUCACGUGACAUACAUGUAGCCCAAGAUAACCCCGGCUCAAUCGAACAGCUGUUUUCUAUAAAUUUUGAAUUUGUUUGGAUUUUUUGCAGAUGAAAUCAUGUCGGUAAAUAAAUUCGUGUAAGGAUUCUGUUCCGCUUACUAUUCGACCAAUGCAGAAAGUAUUGGUGUGACCCGAUGGUUUGAUCAUGAAGUUGCAGUGGUAAUAUUGUUGAAUUAAAAAAUAAUCAAGUAAAUUCAAGUAAACCCUUGAUUACACGUCUCUUCAGACAAUGUCUUUUUUAUUUAAUCAAUGUAUAUAUUCAUUCUUUCAUCCUCUUAAUCGUUAUUCUUUUAUUCAUCAUGCAAAUAUGUCCAUGGAUGUACACUGAUAUUAAACACAAAUGACACA